UAGACGAAGUCGAGGUGGUGGUCGGGCCCAUGGGCGGGCCCCCGCCGCUCCCGAAGGGGACCUAUAUAAGUAGACUGACGGAGCGAGUAACGCGAUCCUAUAAUACAACCACCACUGCCUCAUCAACAACAUGCGGCUCCUCGUGCUGUUUUUCCUCGUCGGCGCAAGUCUGGCUGCUCCGCAAUACAACAAUCAGUAUUCAACAACGACGCCUGUGCCGAUUCUCAAGCAGAUAAAUAGACACAACGAGGAUGGCAGCUACAGUUACGGUUACGAAGCAGCCGAUGGAUCAUACAAGAUAGAGUCGAAGUACCCAACCGGCGAAGUCUAUGGAAAGUAUGGCUUCGUUGACGACACUGGUAGCGUCCGUGAAGUUGAAUAUGGCGCUUCGCGACGUGGCUUCGAGCCAGCCGGAAGUGGAAUCAACGUUCCACCACCCACCGUAAAUGGCAACAGUAUUGCUGGACCGAACGAUCCCCAAGACGACGGACAGUAUCGUGAAGAUCCGUCGAUUUAUUAUACCGAUCCGAAAUAUACUAACGGUGAACAUUACAAGCCUGCACCUAAGCAGCGUUAUCAACAGCCAGCUUACAGUCCACCUCAACAAAGAUAUCAACAGCCCGCAGCGCCACCUGCACCUGCGUACAACCCGGUACCAGCCAGAUACAACCCACCUGCUACUUACAAUCAACCAGCACCGGUCGAACCUGAAUAUCAACAACAGUAUCAACCUGAGUAUCAACCUGAGUAUCAACAACAGUAUCAACAGCCUCAGUAUCAACCGUCUCAGUACUCGGCACCUGCUCCUAUACCUCAGAGCAGAUUCCAAGGCCAUCCAGCUUCCAAUAUCGAUAUCAACAGUGGAUCUUAUUCCGUGAACUACAAACGAUAAGGAGUCAGGAUGCGUUUGAAAAGUCCUUUGUGUACAUAGUUAUAUUUAUCUUUGAUUUUAGUAAGAGAAAGGCGCGGGAAAUUUAAACUCAACAAAUUGAGUUAAUUACCUUAAAAUCCCAUAGACGUUUCACACGUGUCCUUUUGUCGUAUUUAAAAGGACAUUUAUUAUGCUACUUAUUAAUCAUCUUAUACCUCAUUAAUUUCUCUCUCGAUACUACCUCUCGUUCAUUGACUUCUCGGAAACCAAUAGUGAGAUACUACAUUGUCAGACUUGUAAAACUUUGCAAAGACCUCAAUAGAAUAUUAAGCUUUUGCAAAAAUCUUUUAUCAAAAAUCCUUCAAAUUUUUCCACAAGUAUUUUAAUCUAAGCGAUCUGUCAGAUUUCGUCGACCUCGAGCAGCCUUGACAAAAUAAUUGCGUAAUAUAAACUAUGAUAAUUUCACCUAAUUCAUGUAACAUGAUUGAUCGUCGAGUAAUUACCGAUAAAAAAAAUAGUUUGGCAACUUAACGAAAAAUUGUUCUAAUUCCAACGAGCAAAUUUCGUUAUAACUUUCUCAGGAUCACUUAUGUGGACUCGUAUACGCGUUACGUAUAAUAAAUCGCGCCAACACGGCUAUCGGCUAUCAGAAAAGCCCACUGCGUCAAACCGUACACGGAAACGCCAACGCGUGGUUACGCAAAGAGGUAAAAAGGAGUAAAAGUCGGUAUUAUCGUUGCCCGAAAGGAGAGAGGGAAUUUGGCUAUAGUGAGAUAAAAGGAAGUUGAAGCGAAGAAAAAAAGAAUUCGUAUGGACCCAUGCGCGUACACUACCAAUAACUUUACGUCGAGACGACGUCGAUUGCUAUACAUAAUUUUUUGUGUCUUUUCUGCUGCUUUAAAAUGCGCGACCUUGUCGCUCAGCUACCUUUGUCCACUGCUAGUCGAGAAUACCAGUCUCAUUUUUCCGGACUAGCAAGGAAGGUCAGUGGGCCCAGGUUUCUGCCACACCCUGGAAUUUCAUCCAUUAUUACUGUCUUCGCCAUUGCCGCUAUCUCUACCAUUAUUACCUUGUACUUAUACGUAAGUCGACCGUGAUGACUAUCAUCUUGAGAAUAUCCACAUCCGUUCUUUAUACUUGGAAGAAGACUGCAAGAAUAAAUAUACCUCCCUGAAUUUUUAUGAAUUUUUUUUUCUCGCAAAGUACAAUCAACACGAAAUUUACAAUCGAGCUGCCUACGUAGAUCCUAAGGUCGAUUACACUGGUAUUGCUAUCGUAAAUGACUUUCGGGAAGGUAGCAGAAACAUUUGAUGUUAUAAAAUUAGUUUAAGAUCCUGCACAGUCAUCUGUCUGGUAUAGCAGGAACCAUUUCUCGAGGUCAUAUUAAUGAUCUGAUCCUGAAUCGUAGGAGCAACAGGUUUAUACUUUGUACAUGUACAUUACGUAUAUCUAUAGGUACAGUAUGCACGGAAAGUUUUUCACGGGCCACUGAACCUUACCUUUCACAAUAAUAUUCCCUACUCUUUACUCGUAAAUUUUCUUAAGAAAUUAGGUAAAUUUCUCUCGUUCCCCGGUAUAUAAUAUAUACAGUGGACCAGAAUUAUACCAAACUUGAAUACAAUCUGUCUUAAUACCAUUGACGUUAAUUAUCCUUUAAUCACGCGGAACUCGCGAUCGCGACAAUUUUCCCUGAAGGCGAUCAAUGUCGAUAUUCUUGCACUACUCUACGUUACAUUGAGUGCAUUCUGAUACAAGGCGUGGUGCGCCGUACUAUAGCCAGCGUCUACUCUGUUGGGAGCUGCUUUCGUUUAUGCACAUAAAUAAUGCGUUACGUAUAUAACUUGUUAUACCGAUAUAUUUACCAUAUCACGCAAAUUGAAAAAAGCCCUGGUCCAUUUCUUUAACAUUGAAAAUUGAAAAUUAUCAAUUUAAGUUUGGCAAGACUAAUUAAAUUUUUCUAGCUGUAAUAUCCAAGUAUAUUGACUAUACUAUACGAUAAAUAAAUAUUUACACGUAUAUUAGAUAAUUAACAAAGCCAAGUGUAAAUGAGCGGUCCUUUUGAUUCCUCGUCUGAGAAGAAACGGGAGAAAUGAUUCCGUGCACCUUGGCCUGAUAAAUAAAUUAGUCAGCGUUCACAACUCGUAGCAAGAUUUUCUCUCUUGAGCUUCUUACGUAAAUAAAAUACCUAUCUAGAG